GUCCUCUUCAUCCGUCUGCUCUUGACUCGGCCGGCUCUCUGUGUCUGCUUCUGCUUCUGCGAUUGCCUCUGCCUCUGCGAUUGCCUCUGCCUCUGCCUUUACCUGUGCCUCGCCUCUGCUGCCAGCCAUGACCUCCGCGACCGUUCAGGAAAUGGAGAUCGAAACAAUCGAGUCGGAAGUCAACCCCUCUCCGCUCUACAGAGCCAUCGAAAGCCGAAGGGCAACCUACAUCAUUCUGUCGUUGGUGAUGGCCGACUACGUGAUCUGCCAGACCGACCUGUUCCUCAGUCUGUAUGAUCAAUCCCACCCCGCUCUGGACUCGCGGAGCCCCGCCGCCAUCAACCUGUACACCGACGCCCAGCAGUGGACCAUCAUCCGCAUCGUCUUCUUCUCUGUCUCCAUGGUUUUGAAAUCCCUGUUCGUUCUGGAACUCGCCGUACGAAUCUGGGGCGCCACCCCUCGCAAGUACUUUGCCCAAAUCUUCAACUGGCUCGACUUGAUCUUGGUCGUUGCCCCGUUGGUGCUCAAGGCCGCGCUCCCGCUCCGCGAGUCGCUGAUUGCAUCGCUAUUCGUCAUCUUCCGCUUCUGGAGACUCAAUCCGCUCCUGGCCGACCACAAAAACGACAUCUAUGUUUCGCACUCUGCAGAGAUCGAAAACGUGCGCACACACUACAGCUCGCUACUCCGGCACGAAAAGCAAAAGGUUCAAGAGCUCUCGUCCUCUCUGGAUAGCGCCAAUGACAAACUGAGACGGCUCAUGGGCGAAGUCAGCAUGUAGACCGCCACACACCAUGACCGCUGACCGGGUGCGUUCCAUCCGCCGGCCACACGCCUCCAUCACUCCAUUUGUUCUCAUGGCCCCCGACCGCCACCCACUAGAUUCCUUUCGUACGCAUCCCACUGGUGUCUGUCCGUUUAUAUGGUGUCUCCCUUUGGUUUUGAGCUUUCUUGUUUGUUCCCACCCGCACCCCUACCGAAAACUUCUAUCCCAACUAGCCCCGCUGGAACCCUCGCCUGGCCUCAUCGACUUUGGCGCAUCACAAUCCAUAGACCCUGCUGGAGCCUGCCUCAUCCAACGGCGAGCCUCGUCCGGCUUGGAUCGUGCAUCGACACCAUCCCGGGUGUGUGGG